AGCCCGGCGCGCGUUAAAACGCUCGGCCGCUGCGGCAGGCGGCUCGCCAUCUUCUCCUGCCGGCCCGGGCGGGUACCUUUCUGGAGAGACGGGCAGGCGACCAGGACGAUGCUGUGUUCUUUGUUCCUUUGUCAAUGUCUGUUGCUAGUAACUGGCUAUGCUCAUGAUGAUGACUGGAUUGACCCCACAGACAUGCUUAACUAUGAUGCUGCUUCAGGAACAAUGAGAAAAUCUCAGGUGAAAUAUGAUAUUACAGAGAAAAAAGAUGUCAGUCCUGACUUGUCAUAUGCUGAUGAAAUGUCAGAAUGUUAUCACAGACUUGAUUCUUUAACUCAUAAGAUUAAUGAGUGUGAAAAGAAAAAGAAGGAAGACUAUGAGAGUCAAAGCAAUCCUGUUUUUAGGAGAUACUUAAAUAAGAUUUUAAUUGAAGCUGGAAAGCUGGGACUUCCUGAUGAAGACAAAGGUGAUAUGCAUUAUGAUGCUGAGAUAAUCCUUAAAAGACAAACCUUGUUAGAAAUACAGAAGUUUCUCAGUGGAGAAGACUGGAAGUCAGGUGCCUUGGAUGAUGCGCUAAGUGAUAUUUUAAUUAAUUUUAAGUUUCAUGAUUUUGAAACAUGGAAAUGGCGAUUUGAAGAUUUCUUUGGAGUGGAUCCGUAUGAUGUGUUCAUGGUACUUCUGUGUCUGCUCUGCAUCGUGAUGUUAGUAGCUACUGAGCUGUGGACAUACGUACGUUGGUACACCCAGUUGAGACGUGUUUUAAUCAUCAGUUUUCUCAUCAGUUUGGGAUGGAAUUGGAUGUAUUUAUAUAAGCUAGCUUUUGCACAGCAUCAGGCCGAAGUUGCCAAGAUGGAUCCAAAAAAUGUGUGUGCUGAAAAGAUGAAUUGGACUGGAAGUAUUUGGGAGUGGCUUAGAAGUUCAUGGACCUAUAAGGAUGACCCAUGCCAAAAAUACUAUGAGCUCUUAUUAGUCAACCCGAUUUGGUUGGUCCCACCAACAAAGGCACUGGCAGUUACAUUCACCAACUUCGUAACAGAGCCAUUGAAGCACAUUGGAAAAGGAGCUGGGGAAUUUAUUAAAGAACUCAUGAAGGAGAUUCCACUGUUACUUCACGUUCCUGUGCUGAUAAUUAUGGCAUUAGCUGUCCUGAGUUUCUGCUACGGUGCUGGAAAAUCAGUUUACAUGCUAAGGCAUUUAGGUGGUCCUGAUAGAGAACCUUCCCGGGCACUUCAAUCAGGUGACCGAAGACGGGAGAAGGAAAUCGAUUAUAGACCCCAUGGUGGAGCAGGUGAUGCAGAUUUCUAUUAUAGGGGCCAAAGCUGCCCCAUUGAGCAAGGCCCUUAUGACAAAACGUACGAGGGUAGAAGAGAUGUUUUGAGAGAGAGAAAUGUUGACUUGAGAUUUCAGACUGGCAGCAAGAGCCCUGAAGUGCUCCGGGCAUUUGAUUUACCAGACACAGAAGCACAAGAGCAUCCCGAGGUGGUACCCAGUCCUAAAUUACCUAUUUUGGACACAAAGACUAAAGAAAUUGGUGAAAUCCCAGGAGAAAGCACACCAACAGAAAGCAGUACUGAAAGUAGCCAGUCUGCUAAGCUUGUCUCUUGCCAAGAAGUAUCAGGGAAUGUGGAAGAGUCACCUUCGGUGGAAAAGGCCCAGCUCCAGACUGAAGCCAAAGGAGGCACACACAGCCCAGCAAGAACUGCUGCAGGGGCAUGUGGAAAGGAUCCAGCCGGCAGCCCGUGUGGCUAGAGGAACAUGCACAAUAGCUCUGAAGUCUUUGGGUUUUGUAAAGUAUUCUCUUAACAAUUCUAUUCACUCUUCUUAAAAGAAUAUUCUGGUAUUUACUACAAAGGUGCCAACUUAAAUAAUAUUUUUACUGAUAAUCAGAAUUAAAUGCAUGUUAUGAAAGCUUUUAAUUCCAUCUUUGAUAUAUACAUUCUAUAAUGUUUUAAAGUGUUAAUUUUAGAACAAGGUCUCAUAGUAUUUAUACUUUAAGAUGAACAUGGCAAGCUUCACUGAUUCUAGAUAGUUGAGGCUGGUUUGAAUUAGGGGACUUUGAAAAAAUUUAUUGUUUGUAGGAAUUUGUAGGAAAGUUUCUGUUGCCCAGUGGAAGUCCUACGUUAGUUAACAGAAUAAUUUGUUCUGCAUUGGAUUCAAAGUGUUUCCAAUGUGAUAGGUACUCAAAAACUACUUAGAGGAAUCUAUUAUUAAGUUCAUUUUCUUUGUGCACUCCAGCAGCUUAGUGCAGCCACGGAGUAUACUUGACCAGCAUCGCUAGGACAGAUACCUCAGUUUAUUUCUCUUUAGGCCACCCACAGGUAAAUGGGCCUUUCUAGUUUCAUCUCUUCUGCAACUGUCACUGGGUCUGCUUCAUUAUUGUCCCUUUUACUUUGUUUCACUAAGAUAGAACUAAAGAUUGCUAGAGGACUUUAUACCUUGUAGCUUGUUAUAUCAGUAAUCUCAAUUUUACAGUCGGUAGACUUUGAGAAUGGUUUUAUUCUUUUCUCCACCAAAUGAAGUGCACAGGCUUUUAUAAGACCUGUUUUUCUUGUUCAUAAUCCUAGUAGUUGAGACUAUUAGAUAUUACCAUAUUUUAUUUAUAUUAUAGCAAACCAUAUUGUCUUGGCCAUAUGAAGUUCUAAAUUUGAGAGAGCUAUACAUAGAAAAGAAUACUACCACCAUGGUAAUGCAGACAAGUCAUCAACAUUUUUUUAAUCAGUCUUUCCAAUUUUAAAAAGCAUUCCUCACUUUAAACAUUUUAAAAAGGAAUUUAUAAAUUUUGCACGUGUCCCUGGCUAGCAGAUUUCAUGUAUAUCACGUGUCCAUAUUCAGCUGCUUACUAAAAUGAUACCAGUCAGGAAUAAAUCCUUAAAAUUUUCAUGUAGGCAUUUGUUUGGGAAAACAUACUCAAAGUAUUUGCAUUUUGCUUUUUAAAAAAGUGAAGUGGGGCGUGCUGCGGAGGAACGGCUGUUGACUUGCGGUGGCUUCAGGGCCUCCGCUGGUCUGGGGCUGCGGUGUUGUGCUUCAUGACUAUCAAGAACAAGUAUGCCACGACUAAGCAUGCUAAGAUCAGCACUGUAGCACAGCUGAAUUCUGCAUUAGUUCACGAUUUAGCCAAGGCUGUGGCAAAGGUGUAACUUGUAACCUUGAGUACUAUAUCUGCAAAUAAAAUUGGCACCAUGUGCCAUCUGUACA